UUUCUCUCAAAUGCAUGCAAGACACCGAUGAAUUCCUUUCCGAUUUGAAUUCAGUGGAGCCCAAAGAAUACGCUCUAAGAAGAUGGAGCCGAAUACAGCGUGGGGGUGUGUGUCCCUGAUUCUUGCGCCGAAGAGGAUGUGACUGUGAUGUCUCAGUUGGAUGCGCUACUGGAAUGUUCCCCUUCGACACCUUCGUUGCAGUGUGUCUGUGCCUCACCUUGCUGGGCAUCUUCCUGCCCCUGGCCGGGACUGUCUACGUGGCAUUCAGUGGGAGGGGGUCCGACGACGGGGCGCCACCCGCCGCUCCGGUCCCUGACGGGAGUCUGCCUUUGACAGAGACACAGAGGACUGAACUGAGAAGCAGAGCGGGUUGCCCGGCCCAUCUCUCACUAUCAGGAACCCCAAGCAGAGGAAAAAGAUUUUUAGGAGCCGUGGAGCAUGCUCUGACAUGCUUUUCUUGGCAGAAGAAUGUGCCGGCCGUCUGGAUAAUAGAGACGCCAGGGAGCCCAUGCUCUGUGCUGAACGGCAUCCGGGUUCUGAGUCUCCUCUGGAUCAUGUCGGGGCACACCAGUCAGAUGACUGCAUGGCUGUCUUUGGAUAAUGUGCUCGAGUGGAAAACCAGAGUGCCUAAAAACCCACUGUACCUUUGUUCUCGGAGCGGCCCGUUCUAUCUUGGGGUUGACACAUUCUUCUUGGUCAGUGGCUGGUUAAGUGCAAGGUCGUUUUUAAAGAUACAUCAGAAUUCAGACAAAGGAACAACCCUCAGUGUCAUACUCAGGUACAUCCUCAGCCGCCUUACAAGGUUGCAGCCUCUUCACCUGUACUCGGUGUGCCUGUUGGUUGGCUUGUUCUCCCUUGUUCCCUGGGGACCUGUCUGGGACAUGCCCAAGUUCCACCUGGAUAACUGCCGGCAAGUGUGGUGGACAAAUCUGCUGUUGCUCAAUAAUUUCCUGUCGGUCCGAAACGCGUGUAAUGGCUGGACGUGGUACCUCGCCAACGACUUUCAGUUCCAUCUCACCACACCGGCGAUCUUCCUCAUCCACGGAAAAAGUAAACAUGUCCUCGUCCUCCUCGGGGCCACGCUGUUCUUGGCAUCUUUCACCGCCACAGCUCUGCUCACACUGGCUUAUAGCCUUCCGGUCGCAGCUCCGUCAGAAGCAAGUGAAAAUGUGACUGUGUUGUAUUUCUCGGAGUAUUACACUAAGCCCUACUGCAGAUACGGGCCAUUCCUCGUGGGCCUCUUUCUGAGCAUUUUCAUGCACCAAAACCACCAGGCAAACAUUCUUAAAACCAAGGUGCAGGCCGUGCUGGGGUGGAUUUGCUCCCUGUCUACCCUGUUCAUAGUGGUCGCCCUGGCGUACGUGGUGGAUGACAGCCCUGCCACCUCUUCGCCUGCCGCUGCUCUGUACCAGGCCCUCCACCGGACCCUGUGGGCGGCAGCUGUGGGCUGGGUCAUGCUGGCGUGUCAGGAAGGCUAUGGAGGUGUGGUGAACUGGCUGCUUUCUUGCCGGCUCUGGACUCUCCUGGCCAGCAUCAGUUACGCUUGCUACUUGGUGCACCCGAUCCUCAUCAUGCUCUACAACGGGCUUCAAGAAACGCUGAUUCACUACACUGACACCAACAUGUUCUAUCUUUUCUCUGGACACUGUUUGCUGACCUUCGUCAUUGGGCUGGCCCUGACGCUGUGCAUUGAGAAACCAUGUCAGGAACUGAAGCGGCACCUGCUUGGACCAAUGCCUGCAGGGCCAUGAAUGUUCUGGUAAAACCCGGAAGAAUGGAUGGUUUCAUUCUGCUGAUGAUGAGCAAAAGCAGGCGUGGCCUCGUUUAUGUCAUGGAUGUUUGUCCCCCUGGCAAGGCGUGUGAAUCUGAUUUUGUGAAUGUUUAAGAUAUACAACUUCUCUGUGCUUAAUACAUGAAAGAGUUCUGAGUGUUUACUAUAUAAAAGGGUUCUGUGAUAGCCUACCUAGUAGCACAAUAAUCACCCUCUGAUGUACCUUUUCAGAAAAAAAAAAAGCAAACAACAACAGAAAACAACCUGGAUUUUUGGGGUCUCGUCCUCCAUGUAUUUUCUAUACCUAUGAUCAUAGGAAAACCGAAAACCUAGCAAAUUUAAUGCAAUUUGGGUUAUAAUGUUCACUUUUCUUGGUAAAAAUCACAGUGUAUAGUUUUUCACAUCAUAAUUGUCUUUGUGUUAUCAUGAUACCUUUGUAGACUUGUAACUUUAUCCUGGCGCCUCAGGAUUGUAUGACCCACUGGCAUGCACAAUUCAUGAGUGCAUUGUGACAGGCCUUCCAAACAUUAUCUAUUUUACAGUGUGGUCCCUGUUAGGGGUUGACUGUGUCCACUGAAAAAGAUACAAAGUCCAAAUCCUCUAGUACCUUAGAAUGUGACCUGUUUGGGGGUUAGGGUUUUACAGAGGUAAUCAAGUUAAAGUGAGUUCAUGGGGGGAGGUGGCCCUAAUCCAGUAUGACUGGUGUCCUUAUAAAAAGGGGAAAUCUGGACAUAGAGACAGAUCUGCACAUAUGGAAGAAGGGGUGAAAAUGUACAGGAAUAAGGCAGCCACCCACAAGCCAGGAAACACCAAGGAUUGCCGGCAGACCCAGAAGCCAGAGGAGGCGAGGAAGGAUGGUCCCCUGGAGCCCUCAGAGAGAGCACAGUCCUGCCGACACCUUGAGUUAGGCCUUCAGCCUUCCAGAACCGUGAGAUGAUACACAUCUGUUGUGGUAAAUCAGCCAGUGUGCGGUGCUUUGUUACAGCAACCCUAGCAAAGGAAUACAGUCCCUCAACAAAACUCCCAGUGGAGAAGCAGGAGACCAGAGUGAAUGGCUUCCAACCCAACCCCUCCGUUUGCAGCAGCAAGGCCCAGAAACGGAGAGAUUUUAUAAGGCCAGGGUGCCCCGGUUGUAGGGCGUGUGUUCCUUCCUGGGUGUGUGAUUUCACGUUAACCAUCCCUACUCACAUAUGCUCGUCACUUAUAACAACACUCUCAUGUACUUGAGAAUCAAAGGAUUUAUUAACAAUCACAGGGAGCUACAAGGAGCUAAUUAGCACAGAAUGCUCCCCACCUCUGUAUGCACUAUUUCUCUCCAAGUGGAUCUGCUAGGAGGACCACUGCGGGGGGCAGGGGUGGAGAGGGCUGCUAACCUCAAAUCCUUCAAAGGGCAGUUGAUAGCUAACCUUGUGUUUUUCCAGCUCAUCUCAGGGGCCACAUCUCCCAGAGGACUGGUCUAUUCUGCUGGCAGAAUCUGCUGUGAGUGAGGAGACAAGUCCCCGCCUGGCAUGUUUAGGAUCUGUAUUAGAAUGCACCAAGUUGGAUCUUUGGGCAACCCCAAAGUUCAUGGGAUUCUUGGGAGCCCCCUGACAGCUGUUUUGGCAUCUGACCCCUCUGACUUGGGCCUCAGAGAGGAUCGUGAGGGUGGGUGGCAUUUACAGGAGGAACACUGCAAUCCGGACAGAUGCCAGUGGGAAAUGACUCUCCUGCCAACAUUGCUGGGCAGUCAAAUUGCCAAGUGCUUCUAGUUAUGAGGCUAGAACCCUGGGGCCCACGGAAAUAGCUUUCAUAACUACUAGCGACAUUGCUUUUGAAAGUUUUUUUUAAUAAGAAAAAAAUACCCUCUCCACUAUUGCAAUUUCAUAAAAUAUAAAGUAGGGAUAGAGAAAUCCAAUUUUGUUCUGGCUUUGGUUUCGAUCUGGAAUUCCCUAGGAGUUUAAGAUUUAUAGAAUAUGGGGACCUUCUUUGGAUUCAGAAACGAACUGUAAAAAAGCCUAUGACAUUUAUGAGACAGUUGAAAAUUGGAACACCACCUGGCUAUUCGAUGACAUUAAGGACUUAACUAAUUUUUUAAUGUGGUCAUGUUUUGGUAUUGUGGUAUUGUGGUCAUUUUUUUUUAACAGCCCUUAUGUUUUUGAUGCAUACUGAAAUGUUUAUGGACAAAAUGAUAAAAUCUGGUAUUUGCCUCAAAAUAGUAUCAGGAGGAAGUGGGAUAGAUGAAACCAGACUGGGCGUGUAGUGAUCAUUUUUGAAGCUGGGUGAUGGGUAUGUGGCACCUCA